CUCGAUUGGUGACCUUGGGGAGUCCGCCUUUUAAGUGCAGAUAGGUAGCACAUCUUAAAUACAUUGGAGGAGCUGGUAACCGUUACAUGUCGUGUGUGCUUAAUAGAAAAAAGUUACAUUAUUACUUGGAAAAUGUUGAAUCAUUUCAAAAUCCCAAGCUUGAAUUUGAACAGUACUGCACGUCAGCUCAUGUUGCGGCGGACAUUUUGUUUAAUAUCCAGAUGAUAGAUAAUGCAUUAGAAGAUAUGUCAGUUGCUGAUCUUGGAUGUGGUACCGGUAUGUUGUCAAUUGGUGCUAGACUACUUGGAGCUAGCUGUGUGCUGGGAUUUGAAAUCGACAAAGAUGCUGUAAAUGAUUUUCAGUCAAACUUGGAAGCAUACGAAAUGGUGAAUGACAAUAUAAGCAUCGCUUUAUGCGAUGUAACACGCCUUUUCAAGCAAAACAAACGAAAAAUCGUGGACACUGUUAUAUUAAAUCCUCCUUUUGGCACAAACCCAGAAAAUAAUGGCAUUGAUAUGGCAUUUCUUCAGGUUGCAUUGUCCAUCGCGCAUUCGCAUGUAUAUUCACUUCAUAAAACUACCACACGUGAUCAUGUUCUACGUACAAUAAAGAAUACUGGAGCACAAGCUAAAGUACUUGCACAACUACGAUUUGAUUUACCUCGUUCCUAUAAACGUCAUCGUAAAGAUACAAUAGACAUAGCCGUAGAUUUGGUUCAUUCAUGGUUUUAAAUAAAUUAGUGUCAAAACAAUUGUUUUUUUUGUAUUAUAUAACUUUUUAUAUGAUUACUGAAAAGUUGAAUAGAGAAGAAAAAAGAAAAUGUACAAUUUGCUAAAAGUUUAUUCGUUUAUCGCUGGUAUACACAAUUUAGUAUAACAUAAAUUAUACUUUUUUUAUUAUUUGUUAUCGUACCGAUGACCAAGAACACCAACGAUAUCUUGGCAUGUCAUCAGGAAGUCCAUUAUGACGUUUAGGUUCAGAUGAUGGUGGCCUUUUAACUACUUUCUUUUGUAACGCUUCAAAUAAAGCUUGUUUCUUACGUCGUGUAUAUUCUGGUUCACCUGGAUACGAACAUUUUAAUAUAAAUUGUUUUGGUGAACUGUUGUGUGAAACAAAAUCAAUAGGUGGACCGAUAGGUCGUAUUUUUCUUCCAAAUCUACCUGUUUUACGUUGCCAUAAUCCACUACGUUGUUUAAUUCCUCUCCACUUUUUCUCACCAAAAGUACGAUAUCUUCAUUAAAGAAAAAAAACAAGAAUGAUUUAUGUUAAGUGGAAUAGUAGUUAAAUUUGUG